CUGAUCAUGGAGAGCCAGAGAGUCCAGUCCACCUACAGGAAACGCUUUGGGCCUCACAGCUCCAGCAGCACAGGAGCCAGAGUCGGGGAUCUGGCUUCCCACCGCCUCUCCUGGCAUGGCACCCGUCGAACCCUCACCCACUCCAGCCCCGUAUCCCGGCUCUCUGUGGGCUCCUCCAACACGGCCCUGCUGCUGGGCAGCCCCGUGGACCGGCUGGACUUCUCGGCGGACUCCCUGCUGAAGGCCCAGUACAAGGAGACGCGCACCAACGAGAAGAUGGAGAUGAUGGGCCUGAACGACCGCUUCGCCAGCUACAUCGAGAAGGUGCGCCUGCUGGAGCAGCAGAACAAGGUUCUGGUGGCGGAGCUGAACCAGCUGAAGGGGAAGGAGCCCAGCCACCUGGGGGACAUCUACCAGGAGGAGCUCCGAGACCUGAGACGGCAGGUGGACGGACUCGUCAACGGCAAGGCCCGGCUGGAGGUGGAGAGGGACAACCUGGCUGCAGAUCUGGAGAAGCUGAAGCAAAGGUUGCAGGAUGAGGUCGGCCUCCGGCAGGAUGCAGAGAGCAACUUGAAUGUCUUCAGACAGGAUGUGGACGAAGCAGCUCUCAAUCGAGUCCAGUUGGAGAGGAAGAUCGAAGCCCUGCAGGAUGAGAUCCUCUUCCUGAAGAAAGUUCACGAGGAGGAGCUGCGUGAGCUGCAGGAGCAGAUCAUGGCCCAGCAGGUCCACGUUGAUCUGGAUGUGUCCAAACCAGAUUUAACUGCAGCUCUGAGAGACAUCAGGGUCCAGUAUGAGAACAUGGCCACCUCAAACAUGCAGGACACGGAGGAGUGGUACCGCUCCAAGUUUACUGACCUGACGGACGCAGCCACCCGAAACGCAGACGCUCUGCGUCAGGCCAAACAAGAGGCCAACGAUUAUCGCCGCCAGGUCCAGGUGCUGACCUGCGAGCUGGACGCUCUCCGAGGCUCAAACGAGUCUCUGGAACGCCAGCUCCGGGAGCUGGAGGACCGCUGCGCCGUGGAGUCGGCGGGUUACCAGGAGACGGUGAGCCGCCUGGAGGAGGAGAUCCAGGCCCUGAAGGAGGAGAUGGCUCGACACCUGCAGGAGUACCAGGAUCUCCUCAACGUCAAGCUGGCUCUGGACAUCGAGAUAGCCACCUACAGGAAGCUGCUGGAGGGAGAGGAGAGCAGGAUCACCAUUCCAGUUCAGAGCUUUGCCAACCUGCAGUUCAGAGAAACUAAUUUGGACACCAAAACCCCGGAGGCCCACGUGAAGAGGAGCAUCCUGGUCCGAACCGUGGAGACCAGAGAUGGAGAGAUCAUUAAAGAAUCAACCACCGAGCACAGAGACCUUCCUUGAACUUCAAACACCAGCGUUCUCAUCUAGCCCUCGAUAAUCCAAGAAUUGAGCUCAUUAUUCCAUAUUAGUCCUAAUUUUGCUCCCAAACCUUAAAACUUGUGUUUAAUUGAUCUUAUACAGCUUCAUCAGUUGCCUCCUAACU